AUGGCGGAAUUCCUCGGCGGGUACAUGUAUGCCAGCAUGCACCCAGUCCUACCUCUUUACAAGAGGCAACAGCAGCAGGUCGACGAAAACCAAGGCGAUGGUACUCAUGAUCAUGAAAAUACCGAAGAGAGAAAGCCCAUCAAGGCACCACUAGGGCUCAGACGUAGACGGGAUCGUUCGACGACGCGGUCCCAAACCGAAACCAAGGAGCGGGACGAAGACGCAAACGGAGCGAAGGCCCGGCACAGGGACAGGGAUAGGGACAGGGACAGGAGCCGGGGGAAAGCCUGGGAAAGGGCCAGGAGCAAGGAUAGCCGCAGGGAUGCCCGGAGAGAGAAGGAGAAGCUGCAAAAGAAGAAGAAGAAGAAGAAAAUAGAGGAGCGUUCCAGCGACAGUGAGGGAGACGGUCGCAGUUACAGCCACCGUAGCCACCGCACUUCUAGUUCUCAGUACAGCCAGUACAGCGAACACAACCACAACCAUAGUGGGUACGCACGCGACAACCACCACCCCCACUACCACUACCACUACCACUACCACCACAACCACAACCACCACCGAUUCCUCUUCUUCCCACCCUCCACCCGUGUCCGUUCCACUACCACCGCCUGCUGGACAACCACCACAACGGCCACUACCUCCACUACCGCCAUCAUCGUCAGCAAGGUCAAUUCGAGCUCUUCACGGCGCUCCUUUGUCACCAACUGGCAAUGCCUCAUCCCCUCCAUCCCCUCUAAGUCCAAGAUCCUCAUCUCGGCCCCAAGCGAGGGGAAGAGUUACCAUUACCGCUCCCCCAAGCCCCGUCACCACCGCGACCGCGACCCCGCUUUCAUUUCCGGGACCGGACAAAAACGACAUAUCGAUUGGUGUUGA